AUGCUUCAUUUCGUUUCGAAACGACUACUUUGUUCUUUUCGUCCUCGAACAACAAGAGUUAAAUGGUCUCCUGCGUUAACUGCAUUAUUACAAGUUCACUUUCAAAGUACAGUAGCUGCUGAUAAUAAUAAUAGAACUGACAUUGAUGUAAGUCCUAGUUACCCUCUACGCGACUUUAUAAGAAUGAUUGAUCAUAUGCUAAAUAUUGAAUGGUAUAAGGAAAAUGGAUGGCAUGAUCCAAUAAUUAAACCUUAUGAUAAAAUAUGUCUUGAACCUAGUGCCAUGGUUUUCCAUUAUUCGUUUGAAUGUUUCGAGGGAUUAAAGGCUUAUAAAGAUAAGAAUG